AAAAAUUAAAAAAUAAAGUCGUUGAAAACAAGAAAAUAUUUUUAUUGGUUGAUUUUGGCUGGAGUCAGAGAGAAACUGGGAAGGUAGUGGGAGAUAAAGAGAGACAGAGAGAUACACAUGCAAUGCUGCUGUUCUGGUCUUUAUGCUAUUUACCCCAUCCAGAAAGGAGAUUUUCAAUAGAUCACCUAUCAGUACAUUUUAUUAUCCCCCAAUACUAUCAUUCUAGUUAUCCUUUUUUUUUUUUUACUCCUAUUUAAUAUGUAUUUGUAGCUAGGAUUUGACGAAAAUCAGUCUAUUUUAAUUUGUUAAUAAUGAUUUGACAGUGGUAUUGAAUUAUAAUAUUUCAGGGGUGUACUUUCUCAAAUUCUUGUUUAAGUUAGUGUUCCAUGCACACUUAAGUUGAGACUUGGAUUAAGCAGAAAGACUGUCAGGCAGUUUAGCAGAGUUUAGCGCAGGCUUUAGUUGAUAGAGACGUUAGAAGGUCUGCUCUGCUCCUCAUGGAUCUGGGUGAGGCAGGUCAGUACAGUUCACAGUCCCCAUUGAAACAGCAAACUUUGCCAGUUGGGAAGAGCUUAAAAAUAGGCAGGAGACACUCAACUGUGUGGGCUCCAUAGAGGUUGUCAUUGUCACUGACUGUCUCCUUGUAACAGUGAAAGACUAGAAAGCUGAGCCUUUUCUGUUUAUAAUGUCCUACCAGUAGGUGCAGUGCCGUCAAGUGAUAAAGCUGUGCUGCUGGAUCCAAAGCCUAUUCUGAAGGUGCUGCUGUGACUACAGUUCAUCUUGUGGCCUGAAAAGGAAGUCAGAAGAGGAGGAGGGAUUGGUGGCUCUUCAAGUGCAGUGCUGCCCAGAAAAGAGGCCUUGAUGGUGGAUUAAAAUCCUAGUCUGAAGCUCCUGCUAUGAUUUCUCUUCAUUUUUUGGCCUAAAAGAAAACUGAAAGAGGAAGGAAUGGCAGUUUCUCAGUGCUCAGUGACCCAUGAAGACGUAACUGUGAUAUUCACUCAAGAGGAGUGGGCACUAUUAAAUCCUUCAGAGAAGAAACUCUACAGAGAUGUGAUGUGGGAAACCAUUGUGAACUUUGUCUCAAUAGGCAAAUUACAAGGGGAUCAUUCUACAAAAGAGCAGCAUAACCACCAAGGAAAUAAACAAAGCAAUAUAGUCAAAAUCACUGACGCCAAAGAAAGAAGUCAAGAUGGUGAACAACCUGAAGAACGUGAAGUAGACAAUCAAGUAUUCACUUAUUGUAGUUAUCUUCAAAAGCAGAAAAUAAUUCCCAUUGUAGAGAAAUCUUAUGAAUGUAAAGAAUGUAGUAAAACAUUCAGGCGAUCCAGUCAUCUUCAGAUACAUGAAAGAACUCACAGUGGAGACAAACCCUUUGAAUGUAAACAGUGUACUAAAACAUUCAGUCGAUCUUAUAGUCUUCAGAUACAUGAAAGAAUUCACAAUGGAGCGAAGCCCUAUGAAUGUAAACAAUGUAGUAAAACAUUCCGUCAGUCAAGUCAUCUUCGGACACAUGAAAGAACUCACAAUGGAGAGAAACCCAACAAAUGGAAACAGUAUGCUAAAACAUUUUCCUCUUUUCGGAAUCAUGAAUUGACUCAUAGUGGAGAUAAAUCCUAUGAAUGUAAACAAUGUCAUAAAGCAUUUAGAUUUUACAGUUCUUUUAAGACUCAUGAAAGCAUUCACAGUGGUGACAAACCCUAUGGAUGUAAACAAUGUAGUAAAACAUUUAAUCAAUUAGGUAAUCUUCGAAUACAUGAAAGAAUUCACACUGGAGAAAAACCCUAUGAAUGUAAACAAUGUACUAAAACAUUCAGUCAAUUAUCUAAUCUUCGAACACAUGAAAGAAUUCACACUGGAGAAAAACCCUAUGAAUGUAAACAAUGUAGUAAAACAUUCAGUGAAUUCAGUCUUCUUAGGACACACAAAAGAACACACAGAGGAUUGAAACACUACGAAUGUAAACUGUGUACUAAAACAUUCCGUGGACUCAGUCGUCUUCGGAUACAUGAAAGAAUUCACACUGGAGACAAACCCUAUGAAUGUAAACAAUGUCAUAAAGCAUUUAGGGAAUCCAGUUGUCUUAGGAAGCAUAAAAGAAUUCACAGUGGUGAAAAACCCUAUGAAUGUAAGCAAUGUAGUAAAACAUUCACUCAAUUAUGUAAUCUCCGAACACAUGAACGAAUUCACACUGGAGAAAAACCCUAUGAAUGUAAACAAUGUAGUAAAACAUUCAGCCAAUCAUGUUCUCUUCGGAUACAUGAAAGAACUCACAGUGCAGAGAAACCUUAUGAAUGCACACAAUGUAAUAAAACAUUCAGAGAUUCCAGUACUUUUAGGAGACAUGAAAGAUCUCACAGUGGAGAGAAACCUUAUGAAUGUACACAAUGUAGUAAAAGGUUCACUUGUUCCCGUUAUUGUCAGAGACAUGAAAGAACUCACAGAGAGAAACCUUAUGAAUGUGAACAAAGCAGUAAAGCCCCAGAAUGUCCCUCUACUCUUCAGGUAUAUGAAAGAAGGCACAGUGGAGAGAAACCCUAUGAAUGUAAAGACUACAGUCAAGUUUUCCUUUAUGUCACUACUAAUUGAGCAUAUGAAAAUAGGCACCAUGUCAAUGAGAGUCAAAUCAGUAAUCUUGGAAGAAACGAAAUCGCUGACAGUGGAGAGAAAUAAUAAUGACAUUUUAAAUGAUUGGAGAUUACAGUUCGAUAUGAACAAGUGAACACACCUGUGACUAUUAUAUAAAUGUAAGGAAUUUAAGCAUUUUAAUUCUAAUACUAUGAGAAGCCUUUAUGGUACCUAAACUUUAUUAAAUUUGAAUACUGAUUAAAUAUUCAAAUAGAAUGACAUUUUCACACAUCUGAAUUACUAACAUUAGAAAAAAUAUCAGUGUAGUAGACCUUAUAGAAAUACAUUAUUCGGGAGUCGGGCUGUAGCGCAGCGGGUUAAGCGCAGGUGGCGCUAAGCACAAGGACCCGCAUAGGGAUCCUGGUUCAAGCCCUGGCUCCCCACCUGCAGGGGUGUCGCUUCACAAGCGGUGAAACUGGUCUGCAGGUGUCUUUCUCUCCUUCUCUCUGUCUUCCCCCUCCCCUCUUCAUUUCUCUCUGUCCUAUCCAACAACAAUGACAACAAUAAUAACUACAACAAUAAAACAACAAGGGCAACAAAAGGGAAUAAAUAAAUAAAAAUAAAAAAAAAAGAAAUACAUUAUUCAACUACUAAAUAAUUCAUAAUGAAGUAAACUUAUUGAAUGUAAAUCAGUUGAAUAGUAAUAGGUACUUUGUGAACCUUUAUAUUUUUUGCAGAAGUUGUAUCAAUCGUGUGGAAAAGUACUUUUGUUCUAUAAUUUUGAUUCUCAGGUUAUAAGCAGUGAAGGAGGGCUUCAGAUGUCUCUGCCCUCUUUCCUUUCAAUUCUUAUCUACCUAUCAAAGAAAAUAAAAGUUUUAAAAAUUAA